CCAGCACUCGUUGUCUCUUGUCGCCCUCUCUGCAAAAUGGCUUAUGAUUAUUUCGGCUUCUCCUACGUAAGGAACAAUGCCAAAGAAAGUGAAGACCCCGUAGCCCUGAACAAUGCGGCUGAUAUCUCUGUCAUUGUGAUUUACUUUUUGGUUGUUUUGGGGGUUGGAAUAUGGGCUAUGGUCCGCACCAACAGAGCCACAGUUGGUGGCUUCUUCCUGGCAGGGAGGAGUAUGGUGUGGUGGCCGAUUGGAGCAUCACUGUUUGCUAGUAACAUCGGCAGUGGCCACUUUGUCGGCAUUGCUGGGACUGGAGCGGCUGCAGGAAUCGCCAUAGGAGGAUUUGAAUGGAAUGCUCUUGUAGUGGUUGUCAUUCUGGGAUGGCUCUUUGUGCCGAUUUACAUCAAAUCAGGGGUAGUCACCAUGCCUGAGUACUUAAAGAAGAGGUUUGGGGGCCAGCGCAUUCGCAUCUACCUCUCUGUCCUCUCCCUCUUCCUGUAUGUUUUCACAAAGAUCUCAGCGGACAUGUUCUCUGGAGCCAUUUUCAUCAAUCAGGCCCUUGGAUUGAAUAUCUACGCUGCCGUUGUUGCACUACUAUUGAUUACUGCGAUCUACACGGUCACAGGUGGAUUGGCAGCUGUGAUCUACACAGACACCUUGCAGACCAUCAUCAUGAUUGUUGGAUCAUUUAUCCUCAUGGGCUUUGCUUUUGUUAAGGUGGAAGGCUAUGAAAACUUCCAGAGGCUCUACAUGGAAGCUGUCCCCUCCAUCAUAGGAAACGUAUCAAAGCCAGAGUGCUACGAGCCCCGGCCGGAUUCUUUCCACAUUUUUAGAGACCCCAUCACGGGUGACCUGCCAUGGCCAGGCCUCGUGUUCGGACUCACCAUUCAGGCUACCUGGUACUGGUGCACUGAUCAGGUGAUUGUGCAGCGCUGCCUCUCAGCUAAGAAUUUAUCUCAUGUUAAAGCUGGUUGCAUCUUAUGUGGAUACCUGAAGCUGCUGCCAAUGUUCCUCAUGGUUUUCCCUGGGAUGAUAAGCAGAAUCCUCUACCCUGAUGUGGUGGCAUGUGUUGACCCAGAACAAUGUUUGAAGCACUGUGGAGCCAGUGUGGGCUGCACCAACAUCGCUUAUCCCAAACUGGUGGUGGAUCUCAUGCCCAAUGGUCUGAGAGGUCUGAUGCUGUCAGUGAUGUUGGCCUCUCUAAUGAGCUCACUGACCUCCAUCUUUAACAGUUCCAGCACACUCUUCACAAUGGACAUCUACACUAAGAUUCGCCGCUCAGCUUCAGAGAAGGAACUCAUGAUUGCUGGAAGAGUUUUUAUCUUGGUCCUUAUUGGUGUGAGCAUUGCGUGGAUCCCUGUGGUGCAGUCAGCUCAGAGUGGUCAGCUCUUUGAUUACAUCCAGUCCAUCACCAGCUACCUCACACCACCCAUCGCAGCUGUGUUUAUGCUGGCUAUCUUCUGCAAACGUGUCAAUGAGUCUGGCGCCUUCUGGGGCCUAGCUAUUGGCUUGUGUAUCGGCCUUUCCAGAAUGAUUACAGAGUUUGUCUACGGCACAGGCAGCUGUGUGACCCCCACUGACUGUCCAACCAUCAUAUGUGGAGUCCAUUACCUCUACUUUGGUAUCAUCCUGUUUGUCGUCUCCUGUAUUAUAAUCCUGGGUGUUUCUCUCAUCACUAAGCCCAUUGACGACAAGCACCUUCACCGGCUGUGCUGGAGCCUCAGAAACUCAACAGAAGAGAGAGUGGACCUUGAACAGGAUGACUGGGUUGAAAAUGAUGAUUCAGAUGAUAUGGAGAUAGAAGAACCAGCCAGGAAGCCAGACUUUUUCAAGAGGGCAUUGAUGUGCUUCUGCGGCCUAGAAGAGAAAAAAGGUCCUAAACUGAGUGAAGAGGAGAAGGCAGAGCUGCAGAAGAAGCUCACAGACACUACAGAGGUGCCUCUAUGGAGGAAUGUCGUCAACGCCAAUGCCAUUAUCCUCUUGUGUGUGGCCGUUUUCUGUCAUGGUUUCUUCGCUUAAAGGAAUUCUUAUGAACCCAAUUGCUCUCAAAUACUGUAAGCUAUAUUUAAUUGAGAGGAUGUUAUGUUGAUUUAAAUUAUAACUGCAGAAAUCUAAAAUUAUUUCUUAACAGUGAAGUGGUGUAGACAUAUUUAAGGUAUCUUUAUUUUUGGUAAACUUAACAGUAAACCAGUAAAUGUAAUAUAUAACCCACUUAAACCUGUUAAUAUAUUAAAAUUGUUUGUGGAUUCAUGUGCAGCACAACGUCCUGACCCCAUGCACAAUUGUCAGUCUUCCAGUGUGAACAACACUUUUGCAGUUGAAGGCAAUAAUGUAAGCAGGAUUACAUAAGAGACAUCAGCUGAUUACUGGAGCUGCAGAGCGAGUCAAACUAUGCUUCUUCCACAUCAGACAUAAAUAUCACUUAAUUUCCUCAGGCAUUUUCUUGCUUAGAUGUAGCUACCAUAAAGGUGAAUUUACACAGGUUAUGUUGGAUGUUUUUAAUUCAUGCUGCCUUAUAUCAUAAAAUCAAGAGUUUAGACCUCCCUGUAAUUUCUGUAUUUGCUACCUCAUUCUACCUAAACCUUUCUUCCUCAGAGUGAGUGCUCAAAGUCCAUAUGAGUUGUCACCUUUACAAUCUGUGCACCUUACUGUAUGUUGUUUUAGGUGUUAAUGAAUAAAAACAUCUCAGGGACAGAUCUUCAGAGCACCAUCUUAUUCUUCAGUGCCCUCUAGUGGUUCUUUUUUAUUUCAGCUGAGAAUGUAAAACUGGUUUGUUGUGUAUUUUUUGCAUAUUCUGGCAAAUUUGGUGAAUAAAUGA